AUGGAUAUCUUCACAAGACUACCCAUCACGACUCUUGUGCAGAUGAGGUGCGUUUGCAAAUCAUGGUAUGCUCUAAUCAACAAUCCUACUUUCAUCACCACACACACCAAUCGAACCAUUGCGCACAACACCACUCCAUUACUACUCCUUGGGUACAACAAUGGCAAGAAUAAGCACUACUCAACAAUUGACAAGUCCGUGACACUUAGUGUUACACCUGACUCGCAUGAUUGCGUUCUAGGGUUUGGGUUCGAUUCUCGGACUAAUGACUAUAAGGUUGUGAGAAUUAUUUAUUUUCGCUUCUGGUCGUUUGCAGUUCGGUCAGAGGUUGAUGUUUAUGAGCUUAGCACAGGUCUGUGGAGAAGCAUUGCUUCUACUCCUCCUCCUAAUCACAUGAUUGUAUGUUGUCGGCCACAUGUCUUUGUGAAUGGGGCUUCACAUUGGAUCACAAAUGAGCUGCGGGAUGAGGAAUUAUAUAGGUAUUUGAUUUUGUCAUUUGAUAUGGGUAGUGAGGUUUUCAAGGAGAUGAUGCUUCCGAGCAGCAUUGCUAAUGACUGUACGCGGGAUGUGUCCAUUGCACCUUUUGGGGAAUCUCUCUCUCUCAUCCAUUAUGAUAAUGAAUUUAGGGGCAGAAGUAGUAGUUGUUGUGUAUGGGUGAUGAAAGAGUAUGGUGUAGUAAGUUCUUGGACCAAAUUGUUCACUGUUGAUCUAGGAGGAAUAAACAGGGUUUUAGGAUUUAGAACAACGGGUGAAGUUUUAGUGGAGAAGUAUGAUCGAGGGCUGGUUUCAUAUGAUCCCAAAUUAAAAUCUGAAGCAGCAAAUGCUGGACGGUCUUUCCAACAGCACCAAGCAUAG